ACUAGCUAGCUAGCUUCUGCUUCUUCAACUAGUUUAUUUGGUUCUUCAUACUUCCCUAAGAAGAUGUCUGGGGUUUGGGUUUUCAAGAACGGCGUCGUCCGGCUGGUGGAGAACCCGGGGGCGGAUUCCUUGCAGGGCUCCAACAGCCGGCGCAAGGUUUUGGUGCACACUCCCAGUGACGACGUCAUUAGCUCUUACGCUGUGCUCGAGCGGAAGCUGGUUUCACUUGGUUGGGAGAGGUACUACGACGACCCGGAUCUCCUUCAGUACCACAAGCGGUCCACCGUCCACCUCAUCUCUCUCCCCAAGGAUUUCAACAAGUUCAAGUCCAUGCACAUGUACGACAUCGUCGUGAAGAAUCGGAAUUUGUUUGAAGUCAGGGACAUGUAGUCUCACUAGUCUGUCCUUUGGAUCUGCUGCUACUGCCUGCUAGCUUCUGCUGAUGAAUGUGUUUGUGAUGCAUGAUGAUGAUGAUAAUUAUGUGUGUUUGGUUAGUUUGUGAUCGUAACUGUGUUUUCUUGUUGGAGGGUUCACUGUGUUUCGGUUUGGUUUGGUUUGAACCUUGAUGUAUGUAGGUACAAUAUGUAUGUAGGUUAGUAAAAACAUGGGUUUGAUUGGUGAUUAUUGGGUA